AUGGCUGCUGCUCACUCUCUCUGCUGCUCGGGAUUUCUCCAGAGACAAGCCCUUGCCUACUUCUUUGCAAACCCACACUAUGGCAGCAUCAUUAAUGCAGACGGCCAUGCUGAAGUGUGGACAGAUUGGAAUAGUAUGUCCAAGUUUUUCCAGUAUGGAUGGAGAUGUACCACUAAUGAGAAUACCUAUUCAAACCGUACCCUGAUGGGCAACUGGAACCAGGAAAGAUAUGACCUAAGGAAUAUCGUGCAACCCAAACCUUUGCCUUCCCAGGAUUUAAGCGAGAGCCUCACUCGUUCCCAGGACAUCAACCUGAGCUGGAUCCUCCUGGAUACAAAUGCACAGAAAAGUCAACUUACAUGA